AUGGCCCAAUCACUGGAGCUCCCUGAUCACAUGCGCCUUGCAGCCCUUGAGGAAUAUCUCCUUUUGACGGCCUUCUACACGCUGGCGCCAAGGGCAGUCACCGAGGCCGAGGGUAAGGCUCUGUCUCUGGCUGGCCGCAAUGACAUUAUCAAGUUUGCGCUUGAUGCUCUGCCGAGCGGCGCUAGGGCCAGUUACCUGGAUUACGCUGACGCGCUCUCCGAGAGCAUCGUGGGCUGCACACGUAUCUCGUACCCGCUUCCUCCACGUGCCCCAGGUGACAACCGCUGGGAGGCGGAACAGUGUGCCGAGAAUCAUCUGAGGGAGGGGACGGGAGCAUUGUGGGUUGCCGUGCGACAGGUUAUUACCAUGUUGCCGCUCUGCCCUCACAACCGGGACUUUGCGGAUGGCUACAGCAUCACCCUGGGCGCGUAUCGCAAAGGCGGCAUCCUUGGCCUCAGCCGGCAUACUCAGCAUUUGCAGGCUGCCUGCGUGCUGCUUAACGCAGCGGUGAUCUCGGUGUGCGGGCGACGUCGCUGGACGUCCUUGAUGGUCAGCGUGGACAAUAACGCUCAUCCGCACGUGGAUCGCCACAAUGCCGGCACUCCCAGCUUGCUGAUAGGAUUUGGGCACUACUCCGAGGGCCACCACCUUUGGGUGGUGCAGGAAGGGGGCCGACACUAUUGCGAGAUUGAAGGCCGCAUGUAUGCUGGCUGCCUCUACCAAACCUCAGCCAGUGGUGUCCUCUUUUCAGGUCAGGAUCAUUUCCAUGCCACGUGUGACUGGCAGGGUGGCUGCCGUGCUAUUCUGGUGGCGUACUCUAUUCAGAACUCCCACCGCCUUCUGAGCGGUACUGCCGAGUUUCUUCAUGAGCUGGGGUUCGUUCUGCCUGAGCAUGCCUAG